AUAAAUUGUGAGUGAUUAUUUAUUACCAUAAACCACAAAUUGGUGACCUCGACGUGAUGGAAAACAAUGAAUCGUCAGUAGCAAGAGUCGCGGUGAAAAUUCCCGAGUUCAUUUCGUCGGAUCCCGAACUUUGGUUCGCCAUGGUCGAGGGAAGUUUUGCCAGCGCAGGUAUCAAGAUCGACAGUACGAAAUUUGGGUAUGUUGUCGGCGCAUUACCACCCAAAUAUGCGGUUGAAGUGAAAGAUAUCAUAAUGGCACCACCAUCGGAAAACAGGUACGUAAAAAUUAAACAAGAAUUGGUCAAACGUCUCAGCGCAUCCCAAGAAGAAAAAACUCGCCAACUAUUGGAACGGGUCGAAAUGGGUGAUAGAAAACCAUCGCAAUUUUUACGCCAUCUUCAAAGCCUAGCUGACACCUCCAUUCCUGAAACACUGUUAAAAACGCUGUGGAUGGGCCGACUACCGAAAAGUAUUCAGGUAGCGCUGGCGAUCGUCAAGGACUGCAAACUCGAGGACCUCGCAGCACACGCAGAUAAUAUUGCAGACGCGUCUGGUCCUAUGCUACCUCAGAUCGCGGAAUCAACUGUGAGUAAUACUCUGGAAGCUACGUUAAAUCUUAAGCUUUCACAGCUAGCGCUAGGGAUUAAUCAGGAAAUCACGGCGCUGAGAAAAGAAAUCGCUGAGAUCAACACCCGUCCUGCACGUGGGCGAAGCCCCGAUCCUAGUGCCCAUCGUUCAAGAUCUCGAUCACGAAGUCGUAAUUCACACGGUGUCAAUGGAAUCUGUUGGUAUCACUGGCGUUUUGGAUCCAACUCCCAGAAAUGUGUAAAGCCAUGUACAUAUAAGUCGGAAAACUAG